AUGAAUCAGCGAUCCAGCCGAAGCCUUACACGAGCGGGUUUGAUGCCCUGCCCACGCACUGGGGCCCACACUACGUCCCAAUUAGGCUCAUCGGGCAGGGCGGGUUCGGCCGGGUUUAUCUUUGCACGGACCAAGCGCAAUGCUACGUGGCCAUCAAAGCAAUUUCGUUGUGUGGGCUCAGCGAUAAGGAGAUUUAUUUUGCAAUGUCGGAGGUAUCAUUUCUUCGGUCCCUGGAUCACCCUAAUAUUCUUAAAUAUAUUGACUUUUUUAUGGAUGAAGUCGAGGAGCAGUUGUGUUUGGUGA